AUGUCCAAACGUGCUGCAUCCAAUGACGAUGCACCCACUCCAAAGCGCAUCAAAAUUAAUGACGGGAAUCAGACAGCACCACUGGCGGAUAAGCGUGCAUGGGCAAUUUUAGAGCAGUUCCUUACGACGGACAUGAUGUAUGCUCAGAUGGAAGAAGCUCUUUCAUCGUACCUCGGCAAUCGAUAUUCUGCGGACAAUUGGAAGGAAUCCCGAGAUGCACUAUUUUCCAGUGAUGGUGAUGACAACCUCACUUUGAGAAAUCUUCAUGCUGUGAAGGCAAAGCACAUACACUCGGCGUCUGCUUCCAGUGAUUCUUCCGUGGCCGACGGACCGUCCAGUGCGCGCAUCCAAAGUUUGCGUAAACCAGCCAAAUUAAAAAAUCCCUACCUCGAUCUGGCCGCAGAGGAGGAGGAGGAGGAGGAGGAGGAGGACCACGACCAUAAUGGUCCCUCUGGGUCGUGGAAGGUUACAUCCUUGCCAGGAUCAUCAUCGGCCGCUAGUUCAACUGAGCUGCAGGGUGGGAGGAUGUAUCUUCUUCAUGUCCACCGAAGUGUUACAGAUUAUAUUGCUGCACACCUUCGCAAGAAACAUUUUAUCGUUAAGGUGUCAGCUUGGAUACCCGGUCAGCUUUACGUGGUUGCAGACAGCCCUAAAACAAUCGCAGACUUGCUUCCUUCCUCGCUCUACCUCGCCGUCAAGCAAUAUGUUUGUAUAUUGGAUGACAAACGUGAAGAGGUCGAGCGUUCUUACUGCAAGCUUCCCAGCCCGGCGUGGGUGAGGAUCAAGCAUGGCAAGUAUAAGGGCGACAUAGCCCAAGUCUUCGAUUCCAAUCUACUAAAUGAUUUCAUUGUGGUCUUGGUUCCACCACGGGAUUUCCCAUACUCCAUGCCUCCAAGAUCUCGAUCCCUACUUGACCGAUCCCAUCUUCCGAACGGGAACACAGUUUCCAACAUCACUCAUGGCAGAAAAAAUGUAGGAUGCGAAUACAAAGGAGAAAAGUAUUAUAUGGGCCUCCUACUUCACAGCUUCCACCGUGAUCACCUAGAACAUGUCGUCUGCCCCCAUGCUGACGACAUUCAGCUCCAUUUACAAUCCGGGUGGGAACAAUCAUUCCUCAAGAGAACUGUGCUUGCGUUUUCGAUGCAGUUCUUGCAUGUGGGUGACUGCACCAAGAUCGUUCAAGGAGAUCUCAGUUCAGAAAUCGGGAAGGACAUAGAGCGCGUGUUUCGGAUUGGUGACACGGUUCGAGUUGUAGCAGGCCCAUACUUGGGUGUGGAAGGCCACAUUAUUCAGAUGGUGGAAGUUUCAAAGUACUAUCUAGACCGCCGCCCUCUGAGCCACAUGUUGCAAGCACAACUACCAACGCAGCAACUCUUUAAGCCUCCCCCCGAUGUUGAAUCCAUCCAAAUGGGGGAUUAUAUAGAAGUGCUUAUUGGGGAGCACAUAGGGAAGUGUGGCAUCGUGCGUUGGCUGCCCAAAGGAGCAGACAGUCUGUGGUUCCAGGACGGAACAUUGAACAUUCCAGUUCCCAUUUCAUUUAUUCGGCGGACCCACCUCCCCCACCUCCAGACAUUGCAGUACACGAAAGACAGGGGUUACGAUGUUAAACCUGGAGAUGUUGUAAGAGUGGUUCGUGGGCCAGAGUAUCUGAUGAAAGGGGUCGUUCGAAGCGUCGACUUUCCAAAAGCUCGCUUGACCCUACUCUCUGACAUUGACCAUUCACUCGUUGACAUUCCCAUCUCAUUCGUGGCAAAAGUACGCGAUGCCAACUUUGAUUCUUUCAAAAAGGAAAUCGGUCAAGAGGUAUUUAUCAUUGGAGGCGACCGUAAGGGCUACCGAGCCACACUGUACAGUGUCACCUCCAAGACUUGCACCGUUGCCAUGCAUGGGCAGCAGCACAUCAAGAUCGAACUCAAGGAUGUUGCAACCAGCAUCACCCCCCCACCCGAAAAGGUUCCUUCAUCGGUUGCCAUCACAGGCACCGGCAUGUCGACAUCCAUGUGGACUGCCUGGACCUCCAGCCCUGAGGAUCAGGCUGGUAAUCCUUUGCCCGGUGUCAAUCCCAACUCUUUGACUACCAAAUCCAACCCCUGGACUGUCAACGCUGACGAUACACUAGAUAGCAUCGAUGCUCGAAUGGAGAAACUCAAAGAGGGCCCGCUAGCUUGGCUGACGAAGAAGGAAUUUUCUUCCAAGCUCAACACACAUCACAUGAUGUUAAAAGUCUCGCCCUCCUUCAUGGGAGGCAGGCUACACAACCGGUUUGUAUUGACAGCCUGUCCUGAUCCCUUCCUCGGUCUAAAUGGACCUGCUCCCGAUGGUUGUGUUGCAGUGUUUUGCUCAUCGAACAGUGCAGGCGCCGCGAUUCAGCACUAUCAUAUACCAGUCACAGAUCUGAGCCCAGCCCCUCCCCACAAAAAAAACCAACAGUGCCUUGUUCUGGAUGGGAGUCAUCGCGGUUCCAUUUGUAAUGUAGCUAAGUGUAACAUUAAGAAGAACACUGUGGAUAUUGUAAUCGCUCCUUCGACUUCUAUUAAUCUGUGUUUCGAUUAA